AUGAUUAGAACGCUUCACAAUUUCAAGAGUUCGGAGGUUAUGUAUCAACUGGGAGUUCUGGCUCAGGAAUUACACGACAAGCAAUCAGAUGGGGAAAAUACAUACGCGGUUAUUGAUGCAUUCGUCUCUAAGUUUGAGAGAAUACCAAAGGAAGCUAUCAACUAUCCAGAGAUUCAAGGGUUUUUGGCUUACCAUUUAGCCGAUCUCAUUAUUUGGUUUAGGAAACACUCUGACCAUCAAUUAUGGAAUGUUUCCCAAUACGAUCAGAAGACUAGACAAUCACUUAUAAAAUUGGGCGAUAUCUUGAAAGCUCUCGACUACCCACGGUAUUCGAACAGCGCAUCUUGCUUUGCAUGGCUACUUGCCACCAUUGAAGCUGGAGCACAAAGUCCUAGAGACUCUCUUUUAGACAAUCACAAUCAAACACAUACAACCUCCUCUGACCCCGCGAAUGAGCCCGAACGCAAGGGGUCUGCAAAUAUACAAGCUGAAGACUUACAGGCUGGAGAAUUACAAGCUGCAGACUUACAGACUGGAGAAUUACAUGCUGGAGAAUUACAAGCUGGAGAAUUACAAGCUGGAGACUUAAAAGUUGAAGAGCUGUAG